UGAGCGCACCAGGAAGUCCAGCCGCUGUCACCUGACUUUGACGCAGGCGCUCCGGCUUCCCUACCCGUGAGUCGACAGCGGAAAACAUGGCCAUGGAACACCGACGGCAACUUUCAGACUCUGCAGCCAUCGUCUGGCUGAUGUUUCUCUCUCUAAUCCCCCCGGCGGAGGCUUACGACGCUGGCGACGCUCUAGCCUUGCUCGUGGGCACCAUCCUGGCCGUGAUGGGUCUGUGCGUCUUCCUCGGCUGGUACGCACGGAGGCAGAACGACCGGCUGUGACGCCGUUGGUUGUUUACGUCUACUGCAGCCCCGGUGUUUAUCACGGACCCCGUGGCACAAACGUUUGUGUCAAAUCGACUGAACCGGAACGUGUCUUUUUGGAAUCGAUGCGUCAAAACGCCAGAAACGACGUACGCUCCAACUGGAGGGGGGGGGGGAGGAAAGCAUCCCGGAAGUCCGAACACGGAAGUGUUGUUACACUUCUUGCCAAACUGUUGCCCGCGUUGACUUUUGCACUUAUAUAAUGACUCGUGUCCAUGCUUUAAGUGGCCGUUGUUCUGUUCUGUUGUAUUUGUUUGAAACACAUCACCGAAGUGCCACGGAGUGACGCACGUGGAGCCACUGUUUUACUGUCCUGCUUUGUUGAACAGUCGCCCGCUGAUGACACACGUUUAAUUUCCAGUAUUUAGUCGUAAAAAUGCACAGAAAAAAAAAACACAGGUUCACUUUGUAAUAUAGAAAUUUAAGCCACCUGUUCUGAUGAAACAUUCCGGCUGGGUUGUGUUUGUUAGUUUGUUUUAUAUUUGUGACACUGGUAAAUGAUUAAUAUUCUAGCUGCAGGGGGCGAUGCUGUGUAGCUGUUUCUCUGAAGCAACUUUUUUCUUUUUGUAAAUUUGUCAAAUGCAACUUUGGGAAUACACCAAGAGUAAAUACAAAUACUCAAUGAA